GCUCCCGACUACUCAGCGCGCCGCCGUGCGAAAUAUGGGGGCGCGCUCUUUAUGGCAGGUCUCGAAAGAGGGGGAGCAGCAGCGCACGAGCGCGCCGUCGUUGUCAGGGCCGGGGUACAGCAGGGAAAAACACAUACACCCGCACACACACCCCCGUCUCUCUCACACACGCACGUAAGGCAAAAACAAAAGCGACGUUAACGGAGGCGAGACCGUACUAAUGCUGAGGAGCGGGAGGACGUGAGCAUGCGGCGCGGAACAGGGGCUGCAGCAGACCUUUGUUUGUUUCCUGGAAACCCUGGAGCGCGAGGGAAUAAAAUGGAGUGGUAGGAGCUCUGAGGCGCGAGAGGCGCGUCCACCUGCUGCUACAGGAAGGCAGUCCGGGCUCGCGAGAGAGCGGAAACAUGGUGAGACCACUUCAUUGAAGGGAGCAAAAAAACAUAUGACAACAUUCCACACGCUUGACGGUCAAACGGAGUCUUAAGAGCGGGCGGGACGAGCGGCCCUCGUGUAACGGGAGGCUGGUCAGUGGUAAUUAUGUUAUUGAGAAAGAGAUUCAGUUGAGAUUGAUGGAUGUUAUACCAGAGUCCCGAUUCUCAGGGGCAGAUCACAGCCCCUGCCCAGGAGAUACUAAUGAAAAUGAACCACAUGACCCGUUGGCAGAUGUGUCACAUGAUCUGAGGCGCUGUGAUGACAUUGAGCCUGCUGUGCUGUCCCUUCCCCCCCUCUGCGCCCAGAGUCAGACAACUGAAGGGCCUCUUAGCCCAGCUGACUUACAUGAUGGGUCUGUCUCCAACACCACCUCUUUGUCCUCUCUCUCUUCAUUCUCUUCUCUAUCCUCCCUCUCAUCUCUCUCUUCUGUGCCCUGUUCCAAACCUGUGACACCCUGGUCUGUGCCGCAGAUCUGUGAAAGGUCAUCUCUCUCUAACAUGGACUCCAGGGGUGGGGACUGCCUUAGCUGUCUGAUCCCCAAAAACCCAUCUGAACCGGAAUCCUGUGAGUCCGUGCUCAACUUUUCUAGUAUUAACUUGCAAUGCCUUGGCCCCACCCCCAGCACAGGUCGCUAUGGUGACCAGGUUCUGUCUGACCAGCUACUCAGUGGCCCCGCCCAUCCAUCUGGAACCAGUGAUGGGGCUGAGGAGGGGAGGUCGACGCAGGAGAGUGAAUCGGAUGAGGACCCUGCAUCCAGGAGCAUAUAUGAAGGUCUUGGAGAGGAAUCACAGGACUGGAGCUGUUUAGAGACUCUCAUCAGUGAGAGCCGUAUGGAGCUGUUGGACUUAUGCUCCCGCAGCGAACUUGCAGUCAAUCUGUUCUGUGAGGAAGAUGUGGAGAAUUACAUGUUUCAGGAGGAGGAGACAGCACUCAGUGCUGACGUCUGCUCACUCAAGAUACGCUAUGAGUCCUAUCAGGAUGGAGUGGAGGAAAGGAGUGAGUCUGCCCUGCAGGAUGAAUCUCAGCUAGGCUUCUUUCCCAGCUUACCUUGCAGUAGAAAGGAGCCAAAAGAGAAACUAGACCAAUCAACUGAGAUUAAAACUGAUGAUCAUGUGACCCCCAACAUUAGCCCAGACAGUAACUUUCUUUUUGAUCUCAGUAACUCGCCAGAAGAUUCUGGUGAAUUUAGUGAUGACAGCUCCUGCACGGGCUCCCCCGACCACGGACUCUCACUUCGCCAUGGCCGCCUGUCCAGAGAAAACUCGAGCUCAUCCAGCCAACUAAGCUACCGCCUCCGGGCUAAGAGGAAGGUGGCCUACCGGGAAGAUUACCUGUAUGACGUAGACUCAAUAGAAAGUGAGAGGAAUGCAGAGAAACGUGACAAACAGCCUACAGGGCUCAAGAAAGAGCGUGAUGAUGACUGGUGUCCAAAGAAGAAACGACGGUCUAAUCGGAGGGAGCCCCCUGUCAUCAUAAAAUACAUCAUCAUCAACCGUUUUAAAGGCCAGAGGCACAUGAGAGUGAGGCUGGGACGAGUUGACCCAUCACCUGCUGCGGUCUGUCUGAGCCCAAAUGCCCUUCUGCACUAUGAGAGACUUGCACCAUUAAAAGCCUACUGGCAGAAAAGAGAGAAGGAACAAGAGGAACGGAAUAGAUUGACAGCUACAGAAAGAAACAAACGUCUCAAUGGCUGUAAGAGACCAAGCGCUAUGCCCAAACGAAAGCACAGGAUGGCCAGACUUCGAAUCCAGCAGAUCCAUGCAGUAGAGAAUUCCCUCCCAUGCCAAACUAUAGUCGUCUCCACCAACAAUCAGACCGGGGGGACUGAAUCAUUGAAAAGCACAGAGGAACCAAAAGAGGACAUUACCUCCAUUAAAUACACUGCCAGGGCUAAAAGCAGAACGCAGGAGAGGGAGGAAAGACGGAAGGCAGGUAAAACAGGGAAGAUUAAAAAAUUCAAAAGUGAAGCAAGGCUUAGGUUGAAAAAAGAGGCUGAAACACAGGAAGUCCCUGAAGGCUCGGAGAUUGAGCAGUGCACCACAUGUUUACCAGAAAACCUAAAUGACUCUUUGGAAGGUAAUGUUGUUUCAAAUGACACCUCCAGUAGUGAUCCUGAAAAAUGCACUUUGACUCCAACUGCUCCAGGGACUGCUGGAAAUGCAGACCUAUUCCCAGGAGGAUACCUACAGACACUUCUGGAAGCUUCUGAGUCAUCAAACAAUGGUAACAUUACAUAUUUCCAUUCAGGGCUGCAGAAUGCCACAGUGCAGACCAUUCAGACCUGUGUCCUAUCUCCCCCCUCUGAAUCCGAGCUACCCCACUCUCCUCCACCUGUGCAUGGGCCACACCACACUCAGUAUGCUGAGCCCAACCUUACUGAACCAAACCAAGCCAUUUCAUGGCCAUCCCAGCCGUCUGCUGAACAGCUGCCCUUCUCCCCUGACAUCCCAACACAGUCUCCCGUGAUGCCAUCAGGCUUUCCCACACUGUUACCUGUGUUAGCAGGAGAUGGCACACCUGUGGCAGGGUAUGGUCAAGUGUCUCUAUCAGGGUGCAGACAAAUGACGCCAUAUGAGGAGUCCCAACCUGAUGCUGAUUAUGGGAUGAGUCCAGCGGUGUCUCGAACUGACAGUGGUGUGGGACGACUAGUAAGCUUUAACUCCUUAGGGUCACUUUCAGCCACCUCUAGCAAUUAUAGCUCACUCAGUCUGAGAGAAGGAGAAAGAGAGGAGGAGAUUGGUGAGAUAAACAAUGGAUUUCUACCACACUGCAGCCCCCGACUUGUCCUGCAGCAAAGUCUUGAGGAGGUUGCUCCACUUCGAGAGUCCACCGACCUCCUGGAUAUCUCCAACUUUACUCCUGACAAAUUCCGUCAUUCGUCACUAUCUGAGAUGUCCCCACCAGACACACCCAACUCUUCACCACAGCUUCUGGGGAAUUGUGGAAAAGUUGGAGAGUUCUCAGAGCCGGGAGAAACAAAUGUACAGUGGAGUUGCGGAGUUGUCCCGCAGCUUGAUCAAGAUGGAGGAGGAAACACGCACCUCCUUCAGAUACACUCUUUUAACACAGAGGAGGAAAAAGAGGGGCUUAGGGAUCACAAGGUUUCGACAAAAAAGGGUGGGAAAAAUGGACAAGGCGCUAAAAAGACCAAAACUUCUAAAAUAGUCAAAGGAGAAAAAGUAAAGCUCCCACGCCAGGGCUCUCGGUCUGUGCGGAAGAUAAAAGCCUUGCUGGAAGGAAAAGCAGCAAAAAAUGGCAGAGGGUCAGGGAGCGGUGCCUCAUCCCCCACCCCAUCACUUGGAGUGAUUGGAGCUCAAGGGGAGUGGCCUAACAAUGGGGGACUGUCAAAUGAUGACCAACGAGAAUUUCAGGAACCAUCAAACAUCCUGUCCAAUAUAGUUUCUGGCAUGGCUGAGGUACAGCGCUUCAUGAGGGCCUCCGUGGAACCACUUUGGGGGCCCUGCCUGUCACCAGGUCAACAUGCCCUCCAGAGCCAGACGCUGAAGAUUCUUGGUAGUGCCGCUGACCUUAAAAAGCGGGGUGGUGCCUCGGGGGGAGGUAAAGGGAAGAAAGGGGGUGGUCGUGGUGCUAAAACACUGCCUAAACUUCUGCCACCAGGAUUCUUUCCUCCCCUUGGAUUGGACUGCCUCCCACUUCCACACCGUCCAGCCCACAAAAAAAUGUAUCGCCACAAAAGCAGCACUAAGUUUGCGCGUGAGGAACUCUUGGCAGGCAAAAGGGACAUAAAAGGAGUAGCAUUGACCGCUUUGGUAGAGAAACGGAGCUAUAACACUCUAUGUGUUAAAUCAGUGUCACAGCACCAAGCCCAGCCUGCUAUGUCUCUCAGAAAAUGGUUGCCUUCUGUUCAGGGGUCAAAAGUCUUGUGUAGUAUUUUGUGAUAAGAAUGAUUUUCCCCUUGUUACUGUGCCAAACUCUCAGAACUUUGGGCUUUGACGUACUAAAAGACGGGAGGUUCUGAAACGUAUCAGUCUCAAAUGAGAUUUAUUCAUUAUCAUUGUUUGUUUAUAAGUUGUGAAAGGUGGGGUUCAUUCAUCUGUGCUCCAGUGAAUCUCCUCCUGCCGGUAUCAAAAUGCUGUUGUACACGAACAUAUGCACUAUUUACAAAACAAGAUUAUAUCAGACAUGUUUAAAUUAAUGUGCCAAACUAUGAACAAUUACAUGUACAGACAUUUUUAUCUACAUAAAUAUUUGCUGUUUUAUAAUGUUGCAGUGACGGGGACUGUGUGCGUGCCUGGGAUGGGGGGGUGGUUGUCAAUAUGAGAUUUACUCCUGUUGCAUCACAUUUGUAGAAACAGCCAGCGGUGAGGAGUCAUCUCAGUAGUCAAAAGAAAAACGUUGUUGGUUUAAUUUCUGUAUUUUACACUCCUGAGUAGUUUAAAAUUAGAGGCAUGAUGUGAGAGAGAUGCAUGACAAGAAUUGGGGGCAGGGGUUGAAAUAAUGGCAGCGGGAAACAUUGGUAGCCUUUCAUUCAAAUUUUUUUCUGGUUGGUAAAAGUUGCCGUAGGUGUAACAAAGAGAUCAUUCCUACUUACACAAUAUAUAAUGCAUUCUAACUUGUUUACAUCUCAAAACUUCUAGUUUAGCUCUCCUAUGUUGUUCUGCUCUGUUGAAGUUUGCUCCAUGAAAACCAGUUACGAACAGGACCAAAUCUUAUUUUUUUUGUAAUUUGUUGCUAGUGGUGUGCAUGCAUUUAAAACAUGAUAUGAAUAUGUGCUGUGAAUGCUGAUCCCCAAAUUAUUACUUUCUCUUACUCUGUUUUUCUCUCCUGAUUUCAAAACCAUUGUUUUUCUAUUGCUGUUGGAAUGUUAUUUGUUGUGUAUAAAAAAGAGGGAAAGAUGCCAACCCCAUGUUCUGUUUACUUCAUUACUUCAGGAUCUUUUCUUUACUUUACAAGUCCCAGAGUCCCUCUCUUUUGAGAUUAUGCCAGGAAGGUUUCGUUUGCUCAUGCUGAGUUCUUUAACACUUUAAAGUUUAAGAACUGUUCCACUGUUUUUGUGCAAAUGCUCUUACACAUUGCUGUCAGUUCAUUUGGCUUUUCCUACCGUAAAAACAUUUCUAUGAAAAUGUUGGGGAAAACAGGUGCAGAUGAUGGGUGACACUCCACAGCUGGUGGUGUGAUUCAGACGUGAGCUCCUCUAAAAAAAACUCUUGAUUUUAAGGGGAACUAAUUAGAGUUUUCCUAGCCAAAAAAGCUUCAUCAAGAAAAAUCCAGCAAAUGUUAGCCUGUAGAAAUAAUUUGUUUCCUCCAUGCUGAGCGAAUGGAGAUGUAACACAGUUGGUUCAGGUCUGUUGGCUCAGUGAACCCAACUGCAUUCACAUCUCUCAUUCCCACAGCUGCCCAUCUAUCCAUACAAGCUGCUUUCAGUGCUGCACCUUGCUGUACUGUGUUUACACAGCACUGCUGUUGCUAAACCUGACAAAAGGACUAUCUAUUGAAACCUGAAGGACAUCUGUGAUGUCCAUGCAGUGAGCUGUUGUUCACAUUUUGAAAGCAGAGCUAACUGACAUAAGUUGGUAGUUCUAAAACAGUGUUAUUCCCCUGUAAGUGCGUCAUGUAAAAUUAAAACAGGCAUAUCAAAAACUUAAUUGUGCCCUAAUUAUGAAUGUAUUAUAUUGUCAAGUUGUCAUGGUUUAUUUGACACUACAUUACUUGUAACUACUUUUGCCUUUUUCUCAUCAUCAAGGAAAAAAUAAACUGUUUCUACUACCUGGUCAGUCUUCACCAGGUGGCUUCUCAAUGACUCUUGAUGUAAGAAAAAAUGAUGACCUGUAUAUUUUUCAUUGUGCCAAUUUGUAACAUAUUUUCUAAGUGUAUAUUUUUCUUAGAAAGUGAUGUGAGGUCGUUCUUACUGUGGCUUCUGUUCUUUCCCUUUUCAGCAAGUGAAACGGUUGCUAAUUGCCAUGAUGUUUUCUUUCUUUUUCUUUCUCUCUCUCAUUUGUUUUUUGUUUGUUUGUUUUAAAACCAAAAUUUUUAAAAAUUCUAAAAAAAUUAAAUACAUGACAAACUAUUGUAAAGGAGAGAGAAGGAGAGCAAGCUGUGACUCUUUGUUGAGUUUUUUUUUGUAAUUGGACCAAUCUUGUUGUAAGAGUGUUGUGCUCUAGUAAAGAUAUAUAUUAAUUUAAAGAUAAAAAAACAUGAAAACAGACAGUGGAACAAUGACACUAAUUUGUGAUCUCAUUGCUGUUUUAUAGAUUUUCAUGUAAAUUAUUCUAGUAUUUUGUUUUUGUUGUAUCUGUCACAAAAGUUGAAAUAUUUGUGAUCAAGCCUGUAUGGUGACAAAUGUAAUAUUGGUAACUUGCUGAGUUUUGUAAUCAUGUUUAUGGAAUAAAUAUUAAUUAAAAGAGCUUU